UUCCAGGCAAAUUCCGUUUCCAUUUCCAUUUGUUGACUUUGUGGAACGCGUUAAGCGAAGAAAAAGAGAUGCAAUUAUAAUGAAAACAUAUGAAUCGAAGCAGCAGAGUAGGUGGGUACAGAGAACCAAACUAGUGAUUAUUUGAUAAGUAUCUGUAUAUUUCCCCCAUUGUUUCUGUCACUGAUUUCACAAAGCGGAAAUUGCUCAAUAGAUCAGAUUAGAAUAAUCAUUAAUCUCAUCUAUCUAUCUACUGUCUCAGAUUGGAAUAAUGGUCCUCAAAUGUUUAUGCUUUGGUGAUUCAAAGGAGGAGAAAAACUAUCCGACAGUAAUAGAAGAGCUAUGCCAUCGAUUUUCCUUUGAAGAUCUUAGAAAAUCAACCAACAACUUUGACGAUAAACUAGUAAUUGGGUGGUCACUCUUUGGUGAUAAGGUAUACAAAGGUUGUCUCAAACAUAAUGAUGCUGCAACUGAGCAUACCAUUACAUUGAAGGUGAUGGUGCCUCAUUACUCCAUCCAAGGUUCACUUGAAUUCAAGAAGGAAAUUGAGGUGCUAUGUCAGCUUCGUCACCCUAAUAUAAUCUCUCUAAUAGGCUUCUGCGACCAAGAAAAGGAAAAGAUAGUUGUGUAUGAGUACAUGGCCAAUGGAUCACUUGGUGAUUACUUGGGAGAUGGGAUUAGGAAUAACCAACCACUUUCAUGGAAGAAAAGACUAGAGAUCUGCAUCGGAGUAGCCCGGGCUCUACACUACCUUCACUCAGGAGCCAAGCGUGCUAUCAUUCAUCGUGGUAUAAAUCCAAAUAAUAUUCUUUUGGAUAAGAAUAUGAUGCCCAAACUUGCAAAUUUUGGGAUAUCAGUGCAGGGAGCGCUCUCUACAUUGAAGCCAAAGGAAAUCAAAGUAGAUAUGAUUGUAGGUACAUGUAAAUGGAUGGCUCCGGAGUAUGUCUGGAAUGGUAUUGUUACUGAUAAAUGUGAUGUUUUCUCCUUUGGCAUGGUUCUACUAGACGUGGUAGGCCAUAAUGAAGGGCAAACUCAUGAGGAGACAAUGGAUCCAAUUCUGAAAGGAAAGAUUGCACCAGAAUGUUGGCAGGUAUUCACUAGUGUCAUACAGAGAUGCUUGCAGCACGAACCAGAUGAGCGACCUACAAUGGGCGAAGUUGAAAUAUUGCUUGAGAAUGCUCUCUCAUUGCAGGAACAAGCUGAUAUUACAAACACCAAUGCUGCUCCCUAUACUUUAUUAUCCACUAGUUGUUUGUCCGAUAUAUUUUCAGGUUGUAUAAGUAAUGGUGAUCUGACCUUUGAUGCCUCAAUGGAGGAAGGCUCUUUCUCGGAAGUAAGUAGUGACUAAGAGCAAGUAUCAGCUGAAUUUCAUGUGUUUCUUUUACUAAUCCUGCUUCUGUUU